GAGUCAUUCGGCCUCGGUGGAGGUCCGGGCAGCUGCAAAUCCUCGGCUCUGAUCCAGGCCACAGAUUCCAGGGUUCUACAACUAGGAAGCACCUUAGACAUCAGGGCAGGGCAGGCAGGAGCCAGGAGAGUCGCUACAAUGACUUCAGCAGUACUGGUGGACAUCCAAGAGGAGGUGACCUGCCCCAUCUGCCUGGAGCUCCUGACAGAACCCCUGAGCAUAGACUGUGGCCACAGCUUCUGCCAAGCCUGCAUCACACAGAAUAGUGACAAAUCAAUGAUCAGCCAAGAAGGAGAAAGCAGCUGUCCUGUGUGCCAGACCACUUACUGGCCUGGGAGCCUCCGACCUAAUCGGCAUCUAGCCAACAUAGUGGAGAGGCUCAGAGAGGUAGUAUUGGGCCCGGGGAAGCAACUGAAAGUAUUUAUUUGUGCUGACCAUGGAGAGAAACUCCAGCUCUUCUGUAAGGACGAUGGAAAGGUCAUUUGCUGGCUUUGCGAGCGUUCCCAGGAGCACCGUGGUCACCACACAUUCCUCAUGGAGGAGGUUGCCCAGGAGUACCAGGAGAAGUUCCAGGAGUCUCUAAAGAAGCUGAAGAAAGAGCAGGAGGAAGCUGAGAAGUUGAAAGCUUUUAUCAGAGAGAAGAGGUUGUCCUGGAAGAAUCAGAUGGAACCUGAGAAACACAGGAUCCAGACAGAGUUCAAUCAACUGCGAAGCAUCCUGGACAGAGUGGAGCAGCGGGAACUGAAGAAGCUAGAGGAGGAAGAGAGGAAGGGACUGAGUAUUAUAGAAAUGGCUGAGGAUGAUCUGGUUCACCAGAGCCAGUCACUGAGAGAACUCAUCUCAGAUCUGGAGCGUCGAUGUCAGGGGUCAACAAUGGAACUGCUGCAGGAUGUGAGUGAUGUCACAAAAAGGAGUGAGUUCUGGACUUUGAGGAAGCCAGAAGCUCUCCCCACCAAGCUGAGAAGUAUGUUUCGAGCCCCAGAUCUGAAAAAGAUGUUGCGAGUGUUUAGAGAGCUCACAGAUGUCCAAAGCUACUGGGUGGAUGUGACUCUGAAUCCACACACGGCUAAUUUAAAUCUUGUCCUGUCUAAAAACCGGAGACAGGUGAGAUUUGUGGGUGCUAAGAUGUCUGGGCCUUCUUGUCUGGAAGAGCAUUUUGACUGUAGUGUCCUGGGCUCCCAGCAUUUCUCCUCAGGAAAGCACUACUGGGAGGUAGAUGUGGCCAAGAAGACCAACUGGAUCCUGGGAGUGUGCAGCCAUUCAGUGGGAGCUACAUUCUCUUUCAACCAGUUUGCUAGCAAGCACAAUGCUUACUCCAGAUAUCAACCUCAGAGUGGAUACUGGGUGAUUGGGUUACAGCAUAAACAUGAAUACAGGGCCUAUGAGGAUGCUUCCGCUUCCCUGCUCCUCUCCAUGACAGUGCCCCCUCGCCGUGUUGGGAUUUUCUUAGACUAUGAGGCUGGCACUGUCUCUUUUUAUAAUGUCACAAACCAUGGCUUUCCCAUCUACACUUUCUCUAAAUAUUACUUCCCCACCACCCUUUGUCCAUAUUUUAAUCCUUGCAACUGUGUAGUUCCAAUGACCCUGCGCCGUCCAAACUCAUGAACAUUCUGCUGUUCGCAUCCACAUCUGAUCAGUACCCUGAUUUUC